GGGGGACAUGCAGGGGAAGUGUUUGCAUUUCGGGGGAAAGACGCAUCUCUGAUACUGUCCAGGGCAGCUGAGAAGGAUCCCAUUGCGGCGGGGGAAAGACGCAGUUCGGGCGCACACGCUCUGGAGGUGGGACAGUCAAAAUGAUGCGUAGGUGGUGCAGCACUGAGCCGUAUUGAUGGAUGUGUUAACAGACAGCGGUCUCACAUUGAUCGUGAAGACUUCAGAAGCGGAGCAUGCAAAUGUAGUGGAGAACACAGGGGAAUGUGAGCCGAGUGGGGAUCUGAGUCUGUGUGGGCUCGUCGAUGCUGCUCUCCCUCCAUCCUCACCUCCUCCCGCUGCAGAGACUUCACAGCUGGCCUGCCCAGCACACCAGAGGACCACUCCCUCAUCUCCAGCCCUCCCUCUACCGCUUGGCACCGACGUCUCCCUGGGCCUAACGGUGGCCCCCGACCCCCCCUCAGAUGAAGCUCCCACUGUAGAUCCCCCCUUUCACCACACUACCACGUCACUUCCCACCCCAGCUGUGAGCUCCUGGCACCCAGCAGGAAACACCCAGAAAAAUACCCUUCCACUGCCCGCUGCCCUCCCGCUACCCGCUACAAUGAUGGAGCCUGGCACUGUGUCUGCCCUGACAGACGAGUGUCUUCUUCAGCCUACCCCAACCUGCCUUGGCUGCUUCAUUGAAACCCGCGAUGCUACUGAUCCUAAUCCCAUUCAUAACCCGCCCCAUGACCCUAACGCCACCCCUGACACCGAGACUGGGCUAAGCGUAAGGAUAGGGGACGUGAGCCGAGAGGACUUCUCGGACAUCAACAAUAUCAGCAUUCAGUGCCUGAGCCAUGCGGGGGAGGCAGUGAGUCACUAUGGAGAACAGCUCCUCUCUGACCAGCUACUUAGCUUUCCUCUGCCGAAAGCCCCAAGUGAGGGCAAGAGAGCUGAUGGAAACAAAACAACAGAGGACUGCGAUGACCCAGAGGAUGAUGCAACAGCUAAGAACCUGUAUGAGGGACUUUUACUGGACAAAGUUAGCGGAGAAGAGGUUCUGCUGGCUAAUGCCGGCCAGGACUGGGGUUACUUUGAGUCUUUCAUCAGUGAGAGUAAGAUGGAACUGCUGGACCUUUGUUCUAAGAAUGAACUGUCAGUCAACCUUUUCUCUGAGGAAGAUGUUGACAAUCUAUUUGACGACGAAGACGACGAUUCAACAUUAAGCAGCGAUGUCUGUUCACUGAAGAUUCGUUACGAGUCUUUCCAGGACAACAUGAGGGAAAAAACCAAUGUGCUCCAGGAGGAGACACAGUUCAACUUCUUCCCUAGUGUCCUGGCCAACUGUGCCAAGAAAGAGGAAGGAGCAGCAGCGGUGUUGAGGAGGAGUACUGAGGAGCUACAGCCCAAAACGGACGAGCUCAUCCUGGAGACAGCACAAGAAGGCAAGGCUGGGGACUGCAGUGGUAGGAGUCCACUUGAUGGAUCACAAGGCUCACCCAUGUCCACUCCCAAAGUCAACUACCUAAUGGACUUCAAUUCCACGGAGGAGUCAGGAGAAUUCAGCGACGACAGCUCCUGCACUGGCUCCUCCUCAGACACCCUGCAGGAGGGCAAGUUUAAAAAGGGUCACUCAAAGAGAUUCCUCAGCCCCUCCAACCCUCUCAACUACGGCUUGCGCUCCAAGAGAAAAGUCAGAUACAGCGACGAUUACUUGUAUGACGUCGACUCGCUUGAGAGCGAGAAAAAUGCCGAGAAAAAAGAGAAAGCUCCCUCUGGUCAGAAAGAGGAGGAGGACGUAGACUGGUGCCCCAAAAAGCGACGGAAAUCCUGUCGCAAAGAGCCACCUGUGGUCAUCAAGUACAUAAUCAUCAACAGGUUUAAAGGAGAGAGACUCAUGUCAGUGAAACUGGGGAAGCUGGACCCUGUGGAUGCUACUGUGAGCUUAAAUGCUGACACAGUAAGCAAAUAUGAGACACUGGCUCCUCUGAAGGAUUUCUGGCAGGAGAAGCAAAGAGAGAGACAGGAACAGCUUAAGCUGGCUGCCAGAGAUAAACAACACCGCGGUUUUCAUCUAAACGGACGCCAUCAUCGUCCUUUUAAUUCUAGUCAUCCCAAAAGGAAAUACAAGAUUGCAAACAGGCUUAAGGUUCAGAGGAUUCACACUGUGGAGCAAUCAGCAACAGCACAGGGCUCCCCUCUCUCUGAUCAGGGCCAGGGAGGUGUCACUAAAGAGGAGUCCACCCCCUCGGUAGGAGGAAUAAUAGCAGCCCCAGGCCUCCCAGUUACAUUAGACACAAACUCCAUCACGCACACAGUCACAGCGAAGAGCCGCUCCCAGGAGAGGGAGGAGAGAGAGGGGAGGAGAUUGGGAGGAAAUAAAACAGUCAGGAUAAGGAAAUUCAAAAGCGAAGCCAGGCUGAGGAGCAAGAAAAUGAAAGAGGCAGAAGGAGAGGAUGGGAAGAGCGUGACAAAUGAAACGGAUGCCUGUGUCACUGCGGCACAGAUUGAGGACCCUACUGCUGGGUUAGAACAGGCAGGCAUUAGUUCAACCACAGUCAAACCCCAUUUCUCUGACAAUACCACCACCGCUCACGCAUCCGAGGAGAAAUUUCCCUUUGUUUCAUCCACCUGCUCUAACAAAGCACCCUCCUCGGAGGGGGUGGAGACGGGUGUCCCUGUCAUCCCAGGGGGCUACCUGCAGACCCUGUUAGAUGCUACAGACUCCUCCAGUGGAGCAGCCAUCUCUUAUUUCCCCCAGCAGUCCUCUAGGCAGCAGUAUCCUCUGGGGCUGUCCCUGGAGGAGAAACAGUUUUCUUCGCUGCAGCUCGCACAGAGCUGCGUCCUGUCUCCUCCCUCGGAGUCCGAACUCCAGCAGUCUCCCCAGAACUGCCCUAGCUUUCCCCAGAUGUGGCACCCACAGCUCUGUGCAAGUCAGAGUUUUGGGCCUGAGACCCCUGAGACUCCCAUCUUACCCAACAACUUCCCAGCUGCUGUGCCCCUGAAUGACAGUCUGCCUGUGUCUAACUACAGCCAGCUGAGCCCUGAGGCUGACAGGUUGCUUUAUGAGAAGAGCUACCUGACUGAGGCUGGGCUGCAGCCCGGGGCAGAUCUGCAAGUGUGUCAGUCUGCUUGUGUGGAGGGCCAGGUGCAAUACCAGAGAGGGUCCCUGUGCACAGACAAUGGCAGGCUCAUCAGCUAUGACUCGGUAGGUUCUCUGUCAGCCUCCUCCAGCAAUUACAGCUCCCUCAGCCUCAAGUCCUGUGAGCGAGAGGGUGAGGAAGAGGGCCGAGACAGCUUCUUAGCUCAUUGCAGUCCUAAAGUGGUGAUUCAGCAGAGUGUGGAUGCCCUUACUCCACUCAGGGAGUCCUCAGACCUGCUGGAUAUCUCCAACUUCACCCCUGACAAGUUUAGACACUCAUCACUGUCAGAGCUUUCCCCUCCUGAGACCCCUAACCUGUCCCCCCAGGUGGUCGGCCGUGAUAUGAAGAUGGCAGGGAAUGUCGGAGAAUUCCAGGAUGUGAAUGACAUGAGUAUGGACUGCAAUAGGGAGGUGAAGUGGAACUGUGACGUUAUACAGCAACAGGAGCACACAACAAAUGCAUAUCCAGUGGAAGACAGCCAGUUUCCGCUGCACAACUUCAAUAGUCAGGAGGUCUUAGGUCUAGAUAAAAAGGAGCCAGGUGCUAACGAAUUUGACGAACAGACUGGUGAGAUGUUGGCUGGUGCCAAAAGCAUUAAGUCAAAGAGAAAAGGCAAUUGCAAACAGACGGCUGCAGGACAAAGCCCGAAGAAAGUCCGGGCUCCCAGAGCUCCCAAGUCAGAAAAGGUUAAGGCCCCCAAACAGAACUCGCGUUCCACCAAAAAGAUAAAGGCCAUGUUAGAGGGUAAGGCAGCAAAGAGCCAGGCAGGUGGCUGUGGCGCAGGCCUGACUGACAGUAGCAGCACUGGGGACUGGACUGGCACCGGCUGGUCAGAGAGUAACAGCCUGGUAGGGGACGACCAGAGAGAAUUCGAGGAGCCCUCCAAUAUUCUGUCCAACAUUGUCUCGGGCAUGGCUGAGGUCCAAAGGUUCAUGAUGGCCUCAAUUGAGCCACUGUGGAAUCCGAUGUCUGAGGCCUGCAUGCCCCCCGAGGCCAACAGCCUCAACCUAAAGACCCUCAAAAUCUUGGCAGGAACAGAGGCUGACCUGAAGAAAAAAGGAGGUGUGCUAACGGGGGCUGGGAGAGGCAGAAAGGCCGGAGGAAAGGGAGGAAAGAAUCAGGCCAAAUUCAACCCCUCUCACCCCUUAUUCCCACAGCUAGCUCUGGGCUGCAACAUGUUUGAUAAACCCAACUUUAUUAACCCCGGGCCUGCGCACAAAAAGCUGUACCGCCACAAGACCAGUGCAAAGUUCCCUCGGAUUGAGACACUGAAGGGGAAGCGAGCUGAGAGAGACCCAAAUAAGGACAUAGCACUGAUGACCUCAUUUGAGAAACUGAGGUAAUAUUUUGUUAUCAGCUGCUGUUGUACCCCCCGCUCACUUUCCCCCACUACCUGCUCAGCCCUCCCUCCCAAACAUACCUACACUGACGCUAUGCCAGAGCUGCAUGAGUACUACGUUUCCCCUGACUACUUCCACUUCCUUUGAUCCCCACCCCCACCCCACCCCACCCUGCCCCCUGAAGAGGAAAUUAAUAUCUGCAUGAAAAAAACUUCUUGUACUUUGCAAACUACCUAUUGAGUGAUUGUGUCAAGCUUGAUUGAGAUUUGAAACGACCAUGGCUGCAUUUUUCUUGCUUUUGUUGUUUCUGCUUUGUUUGUUCUUCUUAUAGUCGUUUUUUGUUUUAUUUUUGUCUGAAAAAGAAAAAGAAUAAGCCUUGAAAACAGUUCUGUCGCCUUUUUGAGGAACUUUGUUUUUGUAUUUUCUCAGCAGAACUAGCUCCCCUGAAUUAUAUAUUUAUUUCCCUUUUCCCUAAAGAUGUAGCUAUAUACACAAAUGCAUUGAGUGACAUCUACGCACCCCUCCUCCUCAUCUGUUUUUGUAUGCAGACUAUGGAUGUCCUGUUGUUGCUGUCCUUCAUACACUGCCUGGCUCAUUUCAGGAGGGGAACCUACAGUUAAUGAGCCCUGUUUAAUCCCAAGACAUCUUAAAAACACAAGAUGGGACCAUUUUGUAUUGAUGACAUAUCAGACGUUGUCCUUUUUUUUUUUUUCACUCCUCAAAGUUGGAAUGACUCCCCAUUUCCUUUUAUCAAGCGUUUCUUUUUCUCCUGGAGUUUAGAGGAACUGGUUGUAUUAAAUUUACAUUUUUACGCCUUGCAAAUUCAUAAAAGCUCCACCCUCAGAGUAUUUUUGUCAAUGUUGUUGUACAGGGACCUGCAAUAUUUGCAAAAAAAAGAUAAUUAUAAUCUUAAAAUCAAUGUGCCAAAAGUAACAAUGCUGUGUAAAUGACCUCUUAUAUAUGUGUGAAUAUUGGCUGUUCCUCUUUUCUAUCCAUUGGAAUAUUGGCUGCUCGGGUUGGAGACUCCUUACAGAGACUUGCAACUACAGGAAUUCUUUAUUUGAGACUUUUCUCUCUUCUCUGAUGAAAGGCACCAACAGCUGGCAGUGGUACACCACCACUCACUAAACCAAAUCAGAAAGACUCUGAAUUCUCCUCGUUUCCCCCACUUUGUUUGCCAAAUUCAAUUUACCUCAACAUCGCCUGGCACUGAGAAGCAACAAAAGAGAGGCAAAGGGGAGAUCUGCUCUGAAGGCUACUGUAGAGGAAGGAGAUGAAAAAAAAAAAAAAAAAAGAGCGAUGUUCAAACGAGCGUUCUCUGGACCAAGAAGAGUGGUAGUGUGCAGAUGUCUGAGGGUAAGCAAGGGAAUUAUUUGUCAUUCGGGGCUGUGCCUCACUGAACAGCUGUUUGUACUGGAAAUUUAAGGCAGUUUAUGGCUCACAGAGAUUCUGAUGCACGCAUCAGCCGUGAAUGGACAUUUUUGCAGUUAGGUUUAAUGUGAAUGUGAAAGCAGUUUUCAGUACAAAUGGAAACAGUAAUCUUGUAAAUGAAGGAAAGCAUGUCUUUGCGUUCGCUCCAUACUUACCUGAACUGGUAAUUUAAACAGUAAACCUUUCUUGACAUUCUCAUGUCAUUUGUUUCUUAACACUGCCAUACUUUGUAAGUUUGGACCAUUGGUGUGCAUUUGGUUCAUUUUCACAUAUCGUCUACAUUUAAUUCCUUAUUUUUGAAGGUACCUUUUUUCUAUAUGUCUUCUUUUUCAGUUUUGACUGGUUAUUAUUCUGGCAGAACAUUCAGUCACCAGAAAUCCAAGGCCAACUAAGGGCACAAUUUGAAAAAAAAAACCUAACUUAUAUUAGAACGUUUGGUACUCUCUCUCAUCGAGUGUAUUUCAAUUUCUGUUAAUUACUUUGGGCUCAUUCACUACCUCACACCACUGAAAUAAGCAUCUACAAUUCCCCCUUCAAAAAAAAACAAAAAAAAACACGGACCAUACAAUCAUGUUUAAUCAUUAUAAAAUCUUUUGAUUUUAUACUCUAAAGGAAUUUCAGGAGAAAUGCAGAGCCAAUCAAACAGUACCUUUUACAAAUAUGUACUCAUGCAAGGCCUAUACCUUCUUUCUCUUUGGAACGGUAAUAUCAUUUUUAAACAUCGCAGUAAUAACACGACACUGCACGGAGACGCGCGGACAAAUUGACUGAUUGAUUUCAAAACAGGCCUUGUCACACUGGAUAUGGCAAUUCUGACGCACAGGUUGUAGUAAUUGAUUCCUUGCAUAUGGCAGGAAUCAUAAUCAAUUUUUCUGUGUCUCUUUUCUCUUUUCUCUCCUCUCUGCCAUGAUCCUUUGUUUCUUUUCUCCAGUGUAUCAGGGUUAGGACCAAGACAAGCUGCUGAUGGGAAGCUUCACAUGGGCCGAGAGCCCAUUUAGUCUGCCUUCUCUCAUUUCUGCCUAUUGUCAAAUUGAAUGUACUUCUCUGAGUUCAUGGUUUUCUUUUCUUGUUCUUUCUCUUGUUUUGGUUUCUAAAAUGUGCCACUGUUGAGCUGCCUCAUGUUAAUGGUGCUAAGAAAGCUGACAAUUGUUUAUUCUUCUUUUUCUUUUCCAUUUGGUUUUAUUUUAUUAUUUUGUUUUUAUUUGUUUUCCCAGAGUUAACAAAAAAGAAAUGCAAAAUAGAUUAGGUACCUAACCCUCUUUAUGAAUGUAUAUUAUAAUGUUAUGUUUGAUGUAUUCACUUCAUGAUUCUUUGACACUGAUUGGAAUUACUUUUGCUCUUUUCAUUAAAAGAUUACCGAGCUUUAUAUAUACUGUCUAGAGUUGUUACCAGAAGGAAUCUUAAUGAACUCUUGACACUACAAAAUCUUGUAUAUUUUUUGUGUGCCAAUUUGUAACAUAUUUUGUAAGUGUAUAUUUUUCUUAGAAAGUGCUGUGAAGUAUUUGUGUGUGUGAGUAACCUUUUAUGCGCCUCUAUGGGCAGUGGAAAGGAUAUACAACGACAAGUUUCUGGUUUUAAAAACCAAAAUAUGAAAGUAUCAACAGAAAACUAGAAAUAUUUACAUUUUGUUGGGAGUUUUGUAAUAAGACCAUGAUCUUGUUGUGAGAGUGUUGUGUUACUGUGCAAAACACAAAUAAGCAAAGAAAAAAAAAUAUGAAAACAUGGAAAAAAAUAUAAUUUGUGAACAAUUUGCUGUUUUAUAGAUUUUCAUGUAAAUUAUUUGAGUAUUAUUUUUUUUUUUUGUUUUUGUUUUCUUUUUUUGUUGUAACUGUUGCAAAGGUUUUAAAUAUUUGUGAUCAAGCCUGUAUGGUGAUAAUGUAAUAUUGGUAACUUGCUGAGUUUUGUAAUAAUGUUUAUGGAGUAAAUAUACAAAUUAAAAUAAGAUUUUGAAUGCUG